CCAAAGAAGACGUAAAAAUGUCUAGCGAUGAUAAAUCAAAAGAUCAUGAAAAAGAAAUGCUAGUAAAUGCUCAAGAAAAGAGUGAGGAAAGUGAAAAGGAAAUGCAUGCAGAGACUCUAUCAAGGAGUGAGGAAUCAGAUAAAGAAAUGCAAGCAGAUGCUCCAACGAAGAGUGAGGAAUCUGUAAAAGAAAUGCAAACAAAGACUCAUGCAAGGAGUGAAGAAUCUGAGAAAAAAAUACAAGCAGAGGCUCAAGCAAGGAGUGAAGAACCUGAGAAAAAAAUGCAAGCAGAAGCUCAAGCAAAAAGUGAGGAAUCUGAAAAAGAAACGCAAACAAAAGAUCAAGCACAGAAUGAAGAACCAGAGAAAGAAAUGCAAGCAAAGGCUCACAUUGAAAAUGAGGAAUCCGAGAAAGAAAUGCAAGCAGAAGCUCACGCAAAGAGUGAGGAAUCUGAAAAAGAAAUGCAAGCAGAAGCUCAAGCAAAGAGUGCUGAAUCUGAGAAAAGAAAGCACUCAAAGGCUCAAGCAGAAAAUGAAGAUUCCUCGAUAAAAAAGCAAGAAGAAAUUCAAGAAACAAAUGUGGGUGAGAAGAAAGAUCAAGGUGAUCUUAAAGAGGAAGGUUCCGCAGAUGGCAAAACAACUGAAAUCAAAGAAGGUUCUACAGAAGAAGGCUCCAAAGAUGGUGAAACUGUUGAAAACAAUGGAGUUAAUGAAGAAGCCAUGGAAGAACAUUCCAAAGAUGGCAAGGUAGUUGAAACCAAUGGAGGUAAAGAAGAUUCCAUGGAAGAAGGUCCCAAAGAUGAAAAGUUAAUUAAAGAUAAUGAAAACACAACUGAAAUAAGUGGAGGCAAAAAUUCUACGGUGGGAGAUUCUGAUGAUGGUAAGAUAGUGGAAAACAAUGGUGGCAAAGAAGAUUCCCUGGAGGAAGGUGAAGAUGGUAAGCCAGUUGAAAUGCAUGGAGGUAAAAAUUCCACUGAAGAAGUUUCUAAAGAUAGUACGGCAGAAAUUAAUGGCGGUAAAGAAGAUUCAAUAGAAGAAAGCUCUAAGGAUGGUGAUAUAGAUGAAAUAAAUAGUGAUAAAGAAGAAUCCAUGAAGGAAGGUUCUGAAAAUGGUAAGACAGCUGAAAUCGAUGGAAUAAAAGAAGUUCCAAUAGAAGAAGGUUCUAAAGAUGGUAAGACACUUGAGAAUAACAAUAAUAGUACAGAAAAUUCGGUGGAGGAAGGUUCUAAAGAUAGUAAGACAGUAGAAGUCAAUGAAGGCCAAGAUAAAUCCAUGGAGAAAGGUAAUGGAAGUCAAGAAGUAACCAUGGAAGAAGGUUCAAAGGAUGGUAAUACAACUGAACUAAAUGGAAGUAAAGAUAACUCAAUGGAGGAAGGUUUCACAGAUGGUAAUACAGUUGAAACGGAUGGAGUCAAAGAAGAUUCCAUGAAAGAUAAGGCGACGCAGGUUCAAGGAAACAAUAAUAGCUCCACAAGCGAUACAUCAAUGGCGACAGAGGUUCAAGGACAUAAUAGUAGCUCCACAAGCGAUACAUCAACAGAUGUUAAAGGAGACAACAUAUACAUCAAUGAAGAUUCUACAAAGAAUAAGACACUUGAAGCUCAAGGUGGAGGUGCUGGUGACUCAACGAAUGGUGAAACAGAAGAGACUGCAGAGAGUAAUGAUUCCAUGAACAACCAAAACGUGCAGCAUGUUGAAGGAGAUAACAUAGACAUCAAUGAAGAUUCUACAAAGAACAAGACAAUGGAAGCUCAAGGUGGAGGUGCUGGAGACUCAACGAAUGGUGAAACAGAAGAGACUACAGAGAGUAAUGAUACUAUGAACAACCAAAACGUGCAGCAUGGAGAAAACAAUGCAAAUUCCAUAAAUAACCAAACAUCAGAAAGUUCCUCAACGGAAAAAAAAGUGACAACAGAUAUCGAGAGCAGUACUUCAAAAGAAGUCACAAGUUUCAUAUCAAACCUUGAGCACAAAUCACCAGGAACACAAGAGUUCCAGAGCUUCUUCCAGAAGCUUAAAGACUACAUGAAAUACGCAUGGCCGGUAUCUUCAACAUUUGAGGCAACGGACUCAAGAUCCUACAUGAGUGAGAUGACAAAUAUGGCAACAAAAGUCUCGGAUGCUAUGGCUGUCUUGCAAGCCAAGAAACUUGGGUCAGGACUGAUGAAAACAACACUACAAGGAUAUCAACAAGAGGUGAUGAAGACUCUUACCAUCUUGCAAUCGGUUUUGAGCAAAGCAGUAUCGGGACAACAAAGCCAGAACCCUGGCUCCUUGACGCUUACGUUAUCACAACAACAAGCAAUUAAGGAAAUAACUUUGAAAUGGGAACAAGUGAUGUCUCAGUUCGUAAGAGUUGCUACGGAGAGUGAAAAACAAUUUUCAAUGGAGACUUCCACUGGAAACGGCUUUCAUAUGAAAAAGAGUUUUAGCUCUAGCUCUAGUAGUAGCUCGAGUUCAAGCCCGGGUUUGGAUUUCAAUCUCAACAGUGAAAGUCCGGAGAUGGUGGAUGUGAAUAGCUAGAGAGUACAUUAUGUAGAUAAAAAUAUGAUUAUGGUUCAUUAGAAUUUUACACUGUUGUAAAAUAAACCCAAGUCGCCUUGAGGUUUAGACUUUUAAUUCUAGGGUGGGUACAAUAUAGAUCGGAAUACAAAUUGUGAA